CCAAGCCUUUUCUUCUUUGAUUUUUAAAGGAAAAAGUGUAUAUGACGUCAUCAUGACGUCAUAGAGUCAUGGCGCAUCGCUCAGGCCGGCGUUCGGCGUGCGGCUGCGCUCAGACGGGCUCAGUGCGCUGCGUGGCCGCGGUGCCGCGGGCGGCGCGGACGUCUCCGUCCGCCUCUACGACCUCCCGUCCGCCGAGCUCCACCUCUACGGCGCUGAAUUCGCUCUGCCGAAGUCGGUGGCGGCACCCGCGGGUCCAGCGGCGCGCGGUCGGGGGCGGGGUGUGGCCAGGUCUACACCGGCGACGAGCACCCACCUGGGUCCGAAUCCGAUCAGUCCAUUUCUCCAGAAAUCCAAGAUGUUCCACAGCAAGUCGCUCCCUAGGCCCAAGGACACAUCGGUGGUGGUGGUCAUCCUGGAGACGACCGAAGUGUACAUUGUGAUCAGCUUGUCAACAAGGAGAGACACCCAAGUCGUAUACGUCGAUCCGACCACCGGUGCCCUCUGCUACCUGGGGAAGCAUGGGGAGGAUGUCUUCGAUUCCGAGGCUGCAGCUCUGAACUACAUCACUGACGGGUCAAGGGUUCUAUCCAAGAGCACCACAUAUGCCAAGGCAGUGCUGGGGUACGCAGUGUUAGGAGGCUCUGCUCUGCUUCUGGUUGCGACGCAGCUGAGCACGUCGGUCCCCAAUCUGCCAGGAGGCGGGUGCAUAUACACGGUGGUGGAGAGCCAGUGGAUAAAGAUCCAGCUGCAGAACCCUCAAUCCCAGGGAACUGGAGAGCAAAAGAAUAUACGUGAGUUGGCUGAGCUCGACAUUGACGGGAAGCACUUCUUUUGUGAGACAAGGGAUGUUACCAGGCCAUUCCCGAGUCCUAUGACACUACGGGAACCAGAUGAGGAAUUCGUUUGGAAUGAGUGGCUGUCGAAGCCUUUUAAGGACAUUGGCUUGCCAGGACACUGUGUCAUUCUUCUGCAGGGGUUUGCUGAGUGCCGGAACUUUGGAGGUGCUGGGCAGCAAGGUGGGUUAGUCGCCCUUAUCGCACGCCGCAGUCGAUUGCACCCUGGAACCCGCUAUUUGGCCUGUGGACUGAAUGCAUGUUCAGGUACAGGCAAUGAGGUUGAGUGUGAGCAACUGGUUUGGGUUCCACGGAAGGGUGGACAGCGUAUCCCUUUUAGCUCGUAUAUCUGGCGGCGUGGAACUAUACCAAUAUGGUGGGGCGCAGAAAUAAAAAAUGCAGUGUCAGUAGAAGCUGAAAUUUAUGUUGCCAAUGAUCCUUACAAUGGAAGCUUACAAUACUACCAACGGUUGGGUAGAAGAUACGGCCAUAAAUCAUCUGAAGCGAGUGUGUCCAGGCAAAAGAAAUCUGGAAGGGUUCCCAUUAUUUGUGUUAACUUGCUAAGAUAUGGCGAAGGAAAAACAGAGUCUGUACUUGUUGAUCGUUUCAAAGAAUCUAUACGGUACAUGAACUCUACUGGAAAGCUGGGAAGCACGUGGAUUCAGUUGAUAAAUUAUGACUGGCAUGCCACUGUGAAGUUAAAAGGGCAGCAGCAGACAGUUGAGGGCCUAUGGAGGCAUCUUAAAGCACCUACAAUGGUCAUUGGCUUCAGUGAAGGGAAUUACUAUGAUGUAAGGCAGCAGCUUAAUGAAUGUAAAGGAUCAGUUAUCUGCAAUGACGAUGUAAAUGGCGGGUUUUGCAUGGAUUGUAUUCAAAAUGGGGUGAUACGAUUCAAUUGUGCAGACUCUCUUGAUCGAACCAAUGCUGCUAGUUACUUUGGUGCACUUCAAGUUUUUGUUGAACAGUGUAGUUGAUUGAGUAUCUCGCUUGACAUAGAUGCAAUGUUUGGGUUGUCAAGUAGAUAUUCUGAAUAUGAUGGUAGAAACACUCGUUCUUUGCCCCCUGGAUGGGAGGAGCGCUUUGACUCUGUAACAGGGAAAUCAUUUUAUAUCGAUCAUAAUACACGUACUACCACAUGGGAACAUCCAUUCCAGGAGGCUCCACAGAAGCCCUGGAAAAGAUUUGAUAUGACAUUUGAUCAGUUCAAAGGCUCAACAAUGCUUGCUCCAGUGAGCAACCUUGCUGAACUUUUUCUUUUGGCUGGUGAUAUCCAUGCUACGUUGUACACUGGCUCAAAAGCUAUGCACAGUGAGAUUCUGAACAUAUUCAAGGAGGAAACAGGAAAGUUUAGUAAAUUCUCAGCUGUUCAGAAUGUGAGGAUUACGGUGCAGAGAAGGUACCAAAAUUUUGUGAAUGAUAGUUCCCGUCAAAAGCAGUUAGAGAUGUUCCUUGGAUUGAGGCUAUAUAAGCAUCUCCCGUCCAUCCCUAUGUUCCCUCUCAAAGUGCUAUCAAGGCCGGCUGGAUGCAUGUUGAAACCAGUUCCUAGUAUCACCCCAAUGGCUGAUGGUGGUUCCAGUCUUCUCAGCUUCAAAAGGAAGGAUCUUAUUUGGGUGUGUCAGCAAGGUGCAGACUAUGUUGAACUUUUUAUAUACCUUGGGGAACCUUGUCAUGUUUGUCAACUGCUUCUUACUGUCUCCCACGGUGCUGAAGAUUCUUCAUAUCCAGCAACCUUAGAUGUUAGAGUUGGCUCAAGCAUAGACUCCCUCAAACUCGUGGUCGAGGGUGCUUGCAUUUCACAAUGCUUGAAUGGGACAAAUUUACUGAUUCCAGUCACUGGGAGAAUUGAUCCAGAGGACUUGGCUGUUACAGGGAAAAGUGCUAGGCCCAAUGUUCAUGAGAGCUCCUAUCUUCCUUUGUUAUAUGACUUUGAAGAGCUAGAAGGAGAACUAAACUUUUUGAAUCGAGUUGUUGCAUUAUCUUUUCAUCCAUCCGCUGUAUCAAGAACACCCAUUACUCUUGGUGAGAUUGAAGUACUUGGAGUUUCUCUUCCAUGGGCAGACAUGUUAACCAAUGGUGAAUGUGCUCCUGAAUUUAUGGAGUUUCUUAAUAAAAAAUCAUCAAGUCUUCACUGUGAUCUAGGUUCCAAGUCUUUUGGAAAUUCUUCCAUGCCUGGGAAUGAUUCUCAUGGUAUUGAUGGGUCUUACACUAAAAGUUCAUCAUCAGUUCAAACAGGUGGUUCAGAAAAUUUGUUGGAUUUUCUCACAGGUGAUUUUGACAUGUUGGAGCCACAUAUAACUGAAAAUACUUUUGGUAAUGGGGAACAAACAAACUUCUUAGAUGAUGGAUUUGAUGUUAAUCCUUUUGCCCCUGCAUUGGAAGUGCCUGUUCCUAAAGUGAAUAAGCAGGUUGAAGAAGGAAAGGGUCUUGACUUUGAGCAAAUGAUGAAGCUUGAAAUAAAACGUCUCCGUCUUGGUCUUUCUGCCGCUGAAAGGGACCAGGCAUUGUUAUCAAUUGGUGUAAUUCCUGCCACAUUAGAUCCAAACCGUUCAGUUGAUUAUUCUUACCUAUUGAAGUUAUCCAGCUUAGCUGAUAAUCUGGCACUGCUGGGCCAUACAGUCCUUGAGGAUCGUGUGAAUGCUUCAAUAGGGCUUGAAAAGGGCAGUGAACAUGCUAUAGACUUUUGGAACAUCAAUGAAAAUGAUGAAUCCUGCUAUGAUGGGGCAUGUGAAGUUCGUGCUCUGUCUUCAUUACAAGCUUCAGCCACUAGAGAAAAUCAAUCAGUAUUUGUGGAAUGUUUUCAGUGUGAAAGGACAGUUUGCAAAGCUUGCUGUGCUGGGAAAGGGGCCUUCCUUUUGCUUAACACCUACAGGGAGUUGAAGAUAUAUGGUGGGAGUCAAAGUGGUGGCUAUUCAGCACUCACAGAUAGUUUUGUGUGCAAAUCAUGCUGCAGUGAAAUUGUCAAACGUGCAUUGUAUGUGGAUUAUGUCCGAGUUCUUCAUAGUUUGCACAGAAAAGAUCGUUCAGAGAAAGCGGCACUGAGUGCAGUGAAUCAGGUCUGCCAACUGGAGUACAGGGAAACAUCUGAUCUAUCUCAAAGUAUUCAAUUUGGUCAGAGACAAUUGAAGCAGAUCCUUGCUGGUGAAGAAUCCCUUGCAGAAUUUCCAUAUGCAAACUUUUUACAAAUGGUUGAAACUGCCAAUGACUCUGAACCACUGCUUUCGUUACUGGCGCCUUUUGGGACUGGAGAGUGCAAGUCUUACUGGAAAGCUCCGCAAGAUAAGACUUCAGUGGACUUCUCAAUUGUUCUUGGUGGUUUAUCAGAUGUUGCAGGAGUUGCUAUAAUUGUCAGUUCUUGUGGGUACUCAACAUCUGACUGCCCAAUUGUAGAAAUAUGGGCCAGUAAUAAAAUACACCGAGAAGAUCGUACAUUCAUAGGAAAGUGGGAUGUACAGGAUAUAAUAUCUUCAUCUCCACUGCUUUGUGGACCUGAAAAAUCUAGUAGGUUGAGUGAAGAACCAAGACACAUUAAAUUUCACUUCCCAAAUCCUAUCCGUUGUCGUAUAAUUUCAAUAAAAAUGACACUUCCCCAUAGUGGUUCUCAUUCAACAAAGUUUAAUGAGGAGUUUGAUCUUCUAUCGUUGGAUGAUAGUUCAGUUUAUGAAUCGAAGCCAACCAAUCCACAGAAUUCAUCUAUCCAUGCAAAAAGAAUUGUUGUUUUUGGUAGUUCUUUGAGAAAGGAGGUGGGGCCUGACACAUCAGGGGGAAUAAUGAGAAUGAAAAGUUAUUUAGACAGAUCACCACCCUUGGGGAGAUUUAGGAUUCCAGUUGAAGCUGAGAGGCUGAGAGAUAAUGAUCUUGUUCUUGAGCAAUAUGUCUUAGCUAAUUCACCUGGAAUAGCUGGAUUCCGGCUUGAUUUUUUCAGUGUUAUAAGACCUCGUGUGACCCAUUCACCUUCCUCAUCAGAGUUGGACAUGAGGGAGUUUUCAUUGACACGAAUGGAUGAUAGAUUUUUGAAUCCCGCAAUUCUUUAUAUACAGGUCACAGUUGUUAAGGAGUCUGGCAAGUUGGUUGUAGAGGAAUACCGUUUACCAGAAGUAAAAGCGAAUACACCACUAUAUUUUGAUUUCCCAGAUCCACGACAUGAUGCUCGCUGUGUUAUCUUUAGAUUACUUGGUGAUGUCACUGCGUUUGUUGAUGACAUUUCUGAGCUUGAGAACUUAAACUUGCGAAAUCUUCCUUUGGCAACCGGACUGUCUUUGUCAAAUAAGAUCAAGUUGUACUACUAUGCUGAUACAUAUGAGAUGGGAAAGAUUGGCAGUCUCUCAGCUGUAUAAUGUAUGUGAGGUCGUACAUACCAACCUGGGAUGUUAACAGUCCUUAGAAGAUUGUUGUAACCUACUGUUUCUACGUGUUGAUGUGGGAGUAAGAGCUGUUGCUACAAAUACAUGAUGUCUUUUGUAAUACUUUUUUUUUUGCUUCUUUUUCUUUGUGUUGGUGAUCAAAUGACCCGAUUCAAGGGAAAUAGCGAUUUUGCCUCUAGAAUUUCUGAAAAUUCAUCUUUUUAAUGUAGAAUAGCUGGAAAUUCAAUACGAUCACAGUUCCCGAAACUGCUAGUUACAUUUGUCAAUACCUGUAUUGGGACCUGGAUUAUUGUAUAGAGCUAUAAACUUGCAUUGACAUUUUUUGGGUGGGGUUCAUACAUAUUUUAAGCACUGGCUGCACCAGUUGUUCGUUUGUAUGGUACAUGGCCAUUAUGCGGUUCUGUAACUCGCAAAACUUUAUGUCAUCGACUUGUAUUUUUUGUUCCCUCUUUCA